AUUUUGUCUCAUAGAUUUUUACAUACUUAAUGUAGUCGGAGUACUGUUCGAUUAAAUAAAAGUAAUGUUAUCAUGAAAAUCAAGCACUUUUUAAAAUGGCGGCCCCCGGAGUGGCGGUGAAUGCCGCUGCAAGAGUAUGGAGUCCUUACAAAGAUUUUCAAAAUGUAGUGGAAGCAGCAAUCCACAAGAGGCAGACAGAUGCUAUACAUGACCUGGAGGUCAUGUUGAAAAGACAUAAAAAUGACUUUUUAACUUUGCUGAAAAAUAUUCCUAAGAAUGCCACACAUCGUGAAGCAGUAAAGAAGUCAAACACAGUUGGUUUACCAAUCCAUGGAGAGCAGAGAACACAGACUUUCCCAGACUCCUUUAUUGAAGAGGCUAUUAUUAUCAGUGAUUUGUUUGAUCUGAAUGAGUUUGCUGCACUAGAACUGUUGAUUGCUGGUGAAGACAAUCGGCCAGAUUUUCCGGGUUUGACCCGGGGACUUGUAGCUGUGUUGCUGUAUUAUGAUGGCCGUAGAAGUUUGGUCAAUGCAUUACGGACACUGCUUUUGGCAUUGUCAGGAAGGACAUGGACCCUUGGUCUAUCACCAGAUCUCACAUACCUUACCAAUACUUAUGUACAGAAGUUGGUAGAGGAGAAUCUUACAAACAAAAUUCUUGAUGUGUUGAAAGGUAUGAAUGUGACAGCAGAACUUGAUAAACUACAGAAUAACAGAGCACUAGGACCUCCAAAACAUAAAAAACAGAUACAGGAUAUGUAUGAAGAGAUUCAGGUGACAUGUGCUGAUUGUUUGUUCUGCCUGUCGUGUCAGAAACCUCUCAGUAAGGAUGACACAAUACAGCUUAUCUCCUAUCUGAAGAACGAUAACUCCCUGCAGGCCAACGGUUCCCUGUCAUCAGUUACGUUAAGUCUACUAAUGGCUUUACUCUAUUGUUUUGAUGUCUCUGUACUAGAGAGAGAGGACGCUGAAGAAAUCACAGGUUCUAUGCCUGUAUUUAGUGAUCCUAGCUAUAUUAGUGAUGUACACAAGGAGCUGAGAGAUGGUGGGGACUGGAAGAUACCAGGUCUGAAAGCUAUUGUCCAGUUUGCAUGGGGUGUCAUGCUAAGACAAUUAUCUCAAUAUCCACUAGCAGCUGGUGCAGGAGAGUAUUAUGAAGAAGAUGAGAAUUUUAUGGAUCAAGCCAUUGACGGUCAGGUGUUCAGCUUUCUACAUAAAUCAGUUGUUUCAGUAGAGAAACUUCAUAAAGAGGAGUUCUAUGUAAGGCGACUUCAUGGAUUAUUGACAGACUUCAUUUAUUACAUGCCCUUAAAGGUAAAAGAAAUUCGUAACCGUGGUGACGAGGCAGCAAGAAUUAUAAUGGCACAUCUACAGGAAGGUCAAGACCCCCCUGCUAACUUGAGGAGAGAUUUUGAACAUCUUUUACUAUUGAUUAGUAAGUUAUAUGAGAAGGACCCACUUGACCUUGACCUAUCACUGGAUUACUGGUGUCCUGAACCUACAAGUCAACAAGACUCAUUCCAUCAUAGACCUCCACAAAGACAGGUAGCAUUAUACAAGUUUGUACGUAUGGCAGGAGAUUUAUUACCGGCCUCCCUGUAUGUACCGUACAUCAAGAUGUUGACAGGACUAGCUUCCUCUAAACAGAGUGCUCAACAUUGUUACAAUCUACUCAAGAUAAAUGGGAGUACAUCAAGUACAGUGUCAUGGGAUCACAUUUUCACGUCAUUGAAUCAGUACUACAGUAGUUUAAGACGCGAGUCUCCACUCACUUCUGAUCCCUCUAUGUCAUAUAGACUGCACAGUCGUGUCAUCACCCCACAAGAGCUGGAAGGGUUGAUCAUGGUGUUACAGCUAGUGAGGAGAGUUUGUGAGCAGAGUGAGAAUUGUUGUAUAGCUAUAUAUGAGAAUCAGCAAUGGUCAGUGGUGAUGUUAUUGUUUGGACUGGUCAGUUGUAGUGUUCCUCCACAGAUGAAGUCUGAGUUAUUAAAGGUUCUAGCUUCGCUAGCUAAGAUGCCAGAGUAUGCUGCUACAUUAUGGCAGACGCUGGAGGCCUCACAGGUACUGGUAACAGUUCAACAAGGGAAUAGUAAACAGUCUGGAGGUAUACAGGUAGAACUAGAUGAGGUAGAGUCUAGGAAUGAAGAAUACCCUAUAACAUGUGCCUUUCUACACUUCCUCACAAUGUUAACAGACACACCUAUACCUGCAGCACUCGGGGCUGGAUCAAGGGCACCAGGAUUUGAUCCCUACCUACACUAUGUCAGAGAUGAUGUGUUCCUUAAGUUUGGUGCUAGAGCUUACAAAGAUCCAAAAGAAAAGUGGGAGGUAGCAUCACUUUCACUAGGUAUCCUCAGAAAGUUACUUCAUGACUACGAGAUCCAGGGAGAUCAUUUUAUGGAUCAAGUGAUAGAGAUGGGAACUGGUCAAACUAUUGUAGCCAAUAAACCUGCAGGAUUUACACUGAUGGUCAACAUGUUGAAAGAUAGUAGACUUUAUCAAAUGAUUCUGCGGAUCUUAGAUGAUGCAAUGACACAUUUUGAAAGUUAUACAAACACACCAGGACAGAAGAAUUUAGAGAAAUCUGCCUUAUUGUGUCUACAAAUAAUAGAACUCACCCUAGAGAAAGAGGAACUGUUUAUUGAUAUGGUACGUGAGACAGGAUCUGCACUCCUUGUCACACCCGUGGAAAGGCUACUUCUUGGUAUCAACCCUAGGACAAACCAGGCAGAUUAUAUUGUCACUGUAGCAAAGUACAUAAUGUUCAACAGUACAAUGCCUGAACACACUUUGGCAGCUACAAGGAUAUUAUACAUGGUGGGAAAAUCCAGCACCAUACAGUCUGAUCUAGUCACACUCUUUAAUGAGAACAAGGAGACGAGCGAGCAAUUAUUACACGGUUUUGUGGAUUGUUUGGAUACUGAUGACAUGGAGGAGGAGUUAGGAGACACUCUAGUUGAUGAUGACACUGAUGUGUCCAGCAGUAAAGUUAGAAACUCUACAAGACAAUAUCUUAUCAAACUGAUGAUAAAGUCAUUGGAACAGCCGGCUCCAAAUCUAGCCCACUUUCUCCUAGGGUUUGAGUUGAGAAAACCUGUGAACAAAACAAACUUGCAGGAUCAAGGUGUUCUUACGUCACCAAAGACUUGCCUGCAUUCAGUUCUGACUAUACUAACAAGAGGUAUAGGGGCUGGUACUGGGCCUCAGUGUCUAACAGAAACCCCUGUACUUGCUGAGCUCGGAUACAGACUAAUUUACAUGCUGGCUGCAAACAAAGACACAUCACUACCAACAUUACGUUAUCUCAGGACAUCACAUGAUUUCCUCUACAGACAGUUACAACAUCUGCCAUAUGAUGCUAAAAACUACAAACAUUCUGUAAUAAAUCAUCAGUCGUGGUUGUUGAAGACAUUAGCUGUAGAGUUGAGGGUGACAUCUUUAAACAGACAGAGGUCACAUACACAGAGGUUGAUGAAACUUAUCCUUGAUGACUAUGAUGAAGAUCAGACCUCUGUGUUGCAGCCUGUAGGUCAAGGUCCGGAAGAGUCUGAGUAUUUCUCGUCCUCUAGGCUAGGAGAUCUGUCAUCAUCACAUUAUACCAGGACUGUCAAAGGUCGGCAGUAUAGAAGAAGAAUAAUGAGUUUAUUGGACACUGUACAGUUUAGUCAACAGUACCCAGCGUCAAUACAUCUGAUUUUUUUGACUUUUCGCCCCCAUUCACCCGGAUCACUCUCAGAUUAUUGUUUUUAUGAAAUUGAAGGUAUUUUACGAAUGGUGAUAGAACGUAACAAGGUGUGUCAAAGUAUGCACUCUAAACAUCAGGCAUUUGACUCGUGGAGACAGGUAACAGAGAUUAUACUAACAGCUUGUCCCGAAGAUUUACUACAAGGUGAAACAAGACAAAAUGUCCUGUUUGAGAUGUUACAAGAUCUACUCAUGAAGGUGGCUGAUGAUGAUGCUUUACCAGAGUUAACUGCCCCUGUUUCUGGUGUCAUUCUUACAUUAAUGGCAAACUUGCGUCAGUGUUUUAUGUCAGAGGAUCAGGACCCGUCGGAGAAAGAUCGCCGCGACUGCCACUAUAUCACCUUGCUAGACAGGUCACAGGCAGCCGCUAAGUCUGUGUCAUGGGGUCAAGGGUCAUCUGGCUCUAGAACUCUUUUUGCAACAUCUCUUCAAAUGGUAUUGAAAGGUGUCAUAGAACAUAUUCUUAGAUCCAGUGGGGGACAGCAGAGGGUAAGAGCAAAGCUAUAUGGUGCCUUGUUGUAUUACCUUCAAAUAGCCAACAAACCAAAAAUCUCAAAGACACAUUUACAAGAUGAAGCUGCAGGUAGUGUAGAGGCGCGUUUACUAGCUGGUAGUGACUCAGAGUACGAUCAGUUACGUAAGGAGAAUAUCUCCUCAAUUAUCUCCUAUGGUGAUACCUUCAUGGACCUACUGUGUAGAGAUGCUUGUGAUGGCCUAGAUGUGGGACGGAUGUUAGCCUUGUCAGUGUUGGACUGUAUACUAAUGAUGGACAAAUUUAACCAAUGGUUGACUUUCAUAUCAUCUAAAGGAUAUCUUCAACAUUUAGUGGACAGCCUAUCUGCAGACGAUGAUAAAUUAAUGUCGGUACUGGCAGGCAGUGUGGAUAAUCUGAAAGUGUUGUAUUUAUAUGAAUCUAAAUUAAGUUUACUGACUCGUGCUGCAGAGACUGCUGUAGGUGCUUCAACAUUACUGAGUUGUGGGGUGAUGCAACAGCUUGCUGCUUGUUCCUUCUUUGAUAUGAGACCAGAUAUUGACAGUAAUCAAACAAUGUUUGGUAGUAACGAUGCAUUCUUACCAGAUCCAGUUUCACGAUACAGACAUUUGUUGUUCACAUCACUCCGGUUCUGUCUAGCCCUUCUUACUUCCCUUGGGGUAGAAAAUAGAGAUGCUGGUAUUCAGGUGAUGCAGUUUAUAGUAUCCCAUGGCGACAUAUUUCACUCUAUUCUACUGGACAGACAACAGUCCCUGAACUUAUACACUCUACAGGAACUAGCCCUUACCACAGCUGUAAUCUUGAGAGCAAAUUGUCAAGAAGAGGACCAAUAUGCCGAGGUUGACUCUGCCGAGAUUGAGUUCAGGGGUCAUAGGGUUCGUAUACAACGACACAUGGUCGGACUGCUACCAAAAUACUGUGUCUCAGAGAAGCUUAACAAGCAGUUAAAGAACCUUGAUUUACAACACGAAGAUGAUAAACGAGAUAUCAAGGCAGAGGUGAUGCAAGCUUACCUGGAAGUCGCCACCAACGUAACAUCAUACUGUAGAGCUCUUGUUUCUAAUUCAGGACCAGAUGUUCAGUACUGUCGUGUGUUGUUCUGGCCAAACCUAGAGGAAGCAAUGUCUAGAGAUAUACAUGCUGGUGGAGAUUUUUCUUUGUCAACAUUAAGUCCUGCACAAGUACCUAACCUUGGUAUCGUAGUGUAUCAACUGAAACAAUGCACCAAUCAUUUUAUGACAGUGUAUGAGAACAGAAAACAACAUCUCAGUAAACUAGAGGGACUAUCUGACCUCAGUGUGGAGGAUUUAAAACAGUUUUCUACAAUAACUGGAGAAGAAAAGAUGUCAUCCCAGGUUAGACAAAUGAUUGCAAAGAAACGAUUGUCACAACUUAUAGCGUACAACUACAAGGAACUUCAGGCCUACUCAUAUAUUAUAGAGAACAGUUUAUUUCUGUUGUGGCGCCACCUGGAGUAUUAUCUGAUACACUGUGUCCCGGCUGAUAAAGGCCAAUCACAAUUCCAAUCACAAGCUAGGAGACAGCUUCAGAUGAGAAGACUUCAAGAUGCCAUAGGUUUACCUCAGUCACCUAUAGACAGAUCAGCAUCAGGUGAGAGUGCUAGUUUUGACCUGGGAGAUUCAAGGCAACAUGUUAGAAAGCAGGAUAUAGACACAUUGAAACAAGCUGCAGUUACCAUACUUAGUGACUCACUCUUCAAGAAAAUACAAGAAAUUAAUGUGACAUUUUGUAAAAGCCGCAGUCACUAUGGCUUUGUGGAAGCUGUGAUCAGGAGAAUUAAACGUCUGUUGAGACUACAUACUGGUAGCUGAACAUCGUGACAAUUUAUACACUAACACAGACAUUUGAAAUGAGGAUUAUUAUAACAUUAUACAGACAAUUUAAAUGAAGAUAAUAUUUUUUCUAUAUUUGUCAUCUUUGUAUCAACUUGUUUGUAUCAACAAACAGCAGCAAGAGUCAGCUAUACAUUAGAACAACUUCACAUUAUUGUACAAUAAAACACAUCAUGCUAUCAAUAUUUGAAUUUAUUUUGUGUUUAUGUAUGAGUAACAAGUGUAUUUUGACGUUAGUCAAUUGAUUACAAAUUACUUGCGAGUAAGUGUUAUAAGAAACAUUGAUAGAUGGCCAUGGAGCCAAAAUUCAUAUUUGUGUUGACCAUACAUUUCAAUAUAAUUUAAAGUCAA